GUGGUCCCGGCCUGCAGCAGCCCUUCUCCGGGCUCUCCUCGCCGACUGCCCCCCUCGUCUCCAGCCGGCUGAAGGGGUGAGAAACCCCUGGGCUGGGGCAGCGAUACCCCCCCGCCGCUUUGUCCCGAGCGAACAGAAGCUCCCUGGGGUAAUGAGGGGGGGGGGUCUCUUGUGGUUUGGUUUUUUUUUUUUCUCUUUCAGUAGAAUUUAAAUGAGAAAAGCUUCACAGGUGAUAAUAUCUAAGGCGUAGGCAAGCACACGAACGAUACGCACACAGCACACACCGUUUCCACUCACUAACGCAGAAGUGCUUUGUAGACUAGGUGCAGCGCAGGAGCAGAUGUGCUUUAAACGUCGAGUAAAACCCCUGCUUGUGAGGAGUCAUAUUUUCCUGGUGUGGGUAGAAAAGGAGCGUUGGCUGUUGGAAAGGAAUUGGCUAAACCAUUGUGGUGGGUCACAGCUAGAUUUUCUGUUGGUCGCCUGCCAAAUGUUGCAAGACGUUAAAUUCGAUUCGGGGGAUCCUGCCAGUCUCUCUUUGUCCUGAAAGUUUUCAUUUUGUCAGAAUAAGGCAUUGCUUUUUGUUAGCGUUUAUUGCAUUUUAAAAGUCACCCGAUUGUGAGCAUUGGUGUCUCUCUGCCACGGUUGAUUAGACUUAGCUGUCACGUUUGGUUUUGUGGCAUGCUGCUUGUCCUUUCGCCUUCUCCGUUGGCCCUGCCGGUAAAGCUCCCAGGUUGUAUUUUAAGUGUGAGGACAAAACUCUUGAUAAUGCUCCUGGUAAAUAUGUAGACAGGCUGGAGAAAGUGGCUCAGGAGCUGAAGGUUGUAACCUAGAAAUAUCAGUUGUUUAUUUUUUGUUUAAACACCCCGUGUUGGGCUUGUGCCAGCAGAGCACAUCUGGCAGUGAAUGCACUGAACUGUGGUAGGGAGUGGACAACGGCUUUUGUUGAUUCAGGUCUAGUUAAUUGCUAGUUAAUUAACUUGUUUUGGGGGUCCAAGUUCAUUCGGUUUCACUUACUGUUUGCAGACCGAGCUACUGGAGAUACUGUAGCAUAUGCUGCAAAAGGAGCGAUUCAGACAGCCUGAGAAACAACAAACUUUGACGUUUGUGCUGUUCCAGCUGCAGAGGAAUUUGCUGAUCCCUGUGUUCAAAGUUGUCUGUAAGCACACACGCAAAAAAGCCUCCCUGAAAUAGGAAAGUUGAGAGGAGACUAUAUUUGCCCACGGUGUGAAUCUGGUUUUAUUGAAGAACUUCCUGAAGAGCCAAGGAAUGCUGACAAUGAGACCAGCUCCUCUAUGUCAGCCAGCGAUCAGAGCAGGCAUCCUUUUGAGAAUGUGGAUCAGCACUUAUUCACCUUGCCACAGGGCUAUGGCCAAUUUGCCUUUGGGAUCUUUGAUGACAGCUUUGAGUUUCCGUUCGGGUCCAAUGUGCAGUCAGAAGACAACAGAGACUCUGAGAACCGGAGGGAGCGAGAGCAUCAGUCUCGGCAUCGAUACGGUGCAAGGCAGCCCCGAGCCCGUCUCGCCACACGCCGUGCCGCUGGCAGGCACGAGGGAGUUCCCACACUAGAAGGAAUUAUCCAGCAGCUGGUCAACGGAAUUAUUGCACCUACAACAAUACCAAACCUAGGACUAGGUCCUUGGGGAGUCUUGCAUUCAAAUCCAAUGGACUACGCAUGGGGUGCCAACGGCUUGGAUGCAAUUAUUACACAGUUACUAAAUCAGUUUGAAAACACUGGACCGCCGCCAGCAGACAAAGAAAAGAUCCAGGCCCUCCCCACUAUACAAAUCGCACAGGAACACGUAGAUUCUGGGUUAGAGUGUCCUGUGUGUAAAGAAGACUAUACAGUCGGUGAAAAUGUCCGACAGUUACCUUGCAAUCACCUAUUCCACAACAGCUGUAUAGUCCCUUGGCUGGAACAGCAUGACACGUGUCCUGUGUGCCGGAAAAGCUUAAGUGGACAAAACACUGCCACAAACCCCCCAGGACUCACGGGGAUGAACUUCUCGUCAUCCUCCUCCUCCUCUUCCUCCAGCUCACCAAGUAACGAAAACUCAUCGAACAACUCAUGAAUCUUAAUCCAACCCUCUGUCCCUGGGGCCCUGUCCAUUGUCCUCCCUCCCUCCCCAGCCAAGGUAACAACAAAAGGGGCUUCCAGAGCAGAGCGAGGGGAGGGUAGCAAGGGGGAAGCAGUGCCCCCAGAAUUCCCUUUUGCAUUCUGAAGACACGGAGACUCUGGGUCCUUCUUCAGAGAUGAGAAGCCUCAAGUUCUGUGAUGGGGGGGAAAGAGCUCUGUCUAUUAAUAAAAACAUCCCUUUGCCGCGUGGACUUUUAACCAUUGCAGUGAAAGGCUGCUGCGCUCCACAGAUGGGAAACCCGAGGUGCUGAGCUAGCGGUUGCAAUUCUGAAUGGAAAGGUUGUUUGUAUGGUUUUGAAUUUGAGAUUCCUUUCUUUAUUUCUUUUGCUCCUCCUCCUCCCCUUGGAUACUAUCUCUUCUGCUUUGGACAUUGAAGUCUUUAAAAUGAAAGCGUAAUGAUACUGCCUCCCUCCCAGGAUCUCCAGCUGGGGAGGGCCAAUAGCUGUCACUGAAAACAUGAACUCUUGAAAUAGACCCCAUUAUCCUUCCCUUCUCCAUCUCAAGUCCCAUUUAUUUUUCUUUGUAACCUCGCCCUUCUGAUACUCAACACUGAAAGGGGUUUUUAUAAUUUUAAAUUAUUACUGCUGUUAAAUAAAUGGACGUUUCAGCUCAA